ACCAUCGAAUUGUCAUUAACAUAUGCCAGCAAGAGAUAAACAAAAGGCCAACAAAUGGCUUUGCACAGCUGAUAUAACCUUUAAAAGUUCCAUGGCUCGUUGUUCAAAAUUUUGUGCCGGUCUUUAAUUGUAUUUAAAAAGUUGAAUACCAUGUCUAACAGCACAUCUGUAGCUAGCAGCUCGACAUCAAAAGUUGCGAAACAAAAACAACAGUUGGAAAUUAAAGACAAAGUGAGAGUGCUAUGUCUGCACGGUUAUCGCCAAACUGGUGAUGCACUCAAAAAUAAAUUGGGUUCUUUUCGAAAAUUUGCUGGCAAAUAUGCUGAGUUCGUGUUUCUCACGGCCCCACAUCAAGUGAUACUACCAGAAUCAGGUGGUGAUCAGGCAGCUGAACAACGUAGUUGGUGGGCCAACAAAGAUGAUGGUACCUUUAAAGGUACAAAUAAAGGAGGACCGGCAUUUGGUUUUCAAGAAAGCCUAGGUUUAGUUGAGGAAGCGUGGGAUAAACAAGGGCCAUUCCAAGGUUUAUUAGGUUUCUCGCAGGGCGCUUGUUUUGUCGGUUUAAUUUGUGGUCUAGCGAAAAAGAAAUUGACCUCCAUACGUCCCGAUUUUGCUAUAUUAUCCUCCGGUUUUCUUUCUGGUAGUUUGGCGCACAAAAGCGCAUACGAAGAAAUUAUUACCAUACCUACGCUACACAUAUACGGACUUAGCGAUGAUAUCAUACCAAAAGAGAUGAGUCAAGAUUUGGCGAGACAUUUUAAAAAUGCCGAAAUAUUAGAACAUCCGGGCGGGCAUUAUUUCCCUGCUACUGCCUCGCAAAAGCAAACAUAUAUAAACUUUUUCCAAGAUCGACUGCAAGAAUACUUAGAAAACUUAGAACUACAGCAAGCAAACAACGUUACAUUUCUUGAAACGACCGAUCAACAAACUGUUGAUGAUACCAGUAACAGCAACGACUCUGACUAGAGAGGCUAGUAAAGUGAGACAUCUGUACCAGUGUGUGGUCUUAAUUAACUAAGUCAAUACAACGCAUACAAGUGAUUUCCUUUCAUUUUUUAAUAAUUAAUUCUUAUGAUUACAAUUAUGUUAAUUAAUUAAUAAAAUUAACCGAAUAUACAGUAAUUCAUAAAUCUGUUUCACCAACUCCGCAAA